AUGCAGCCCACACUAGCCCCAGCGCCGCAUCCAAGUAUGCAAACGUCUGCUCAGGACCAUGCGGAUCAGGCUGCUCAUCAACAUCUGUCGCACCCACAGCAGGCACGUCCGCAAGGUCCGACCGCGCAGCCUCCGCAUAUGCAACCCAAUACCACUAGUCCUCGAGACCAGAACAACAUCGACCCUGCCAUCUCCGGCGCUGCCAUGCUCAGUGGUCCUCCCCAAACUCCUCCCCAGCCAGAGCCUACGGGCCAGGAAUCCCCAAAGACAUAUGGCAAGCGACCGCUGUCGACUUCCAAGCGCGCUGCGCAGAACCGCGCCGCACAGAGAGCUUUCCGUCAACGCAAGGAGAGCUAUAUUCGCAAGCUGGAGGAGCAAGUGAAGGAGUUUGAUAACACGAACGAGACUAUGAAGCAGCUGCAAGCCGAGAACUACCAGCUCCGUGAAUAUAUCAUCAACCUGCAAUCGCGCUUGCUGGACUCCCAGGGCGAGGUUCCCGAGCUUCCUGGCAACAUUGACCUGAACCAGCCACGGAAUGACAUCUCUGUUCCCCCGCCGGGGGCUCCGGCGGCCACCGGUCCCGCGCCAGGUCCUGGUGGUGCUCCGCAGCAAAUGCAGGUCCCCAACCCUGGUGCUGCCACGAACGAAGACAUGAACUCGCUGAAUCGCAUUGCGGUCGCUGGCCUGGGAAUGCGCAAGCACCCUAAUGAAGAAGCGAACUUCCUGGGGAACAACUUCCAGGCUCGUCGCCCGCGCAACGACGACGGGCAGCCCGAUGGGUCUGAAGCAACGAAAACGGAGCCUGGUCACGGGUUGCCCGUUGUAUCAUGA